AUGAGAAGUGGAGUGGAAUUACCUGAGAGACAAGUGAAUAAUCCCGUGACAAACAGAGAAGAGAUGUCUCCUGAAGUAGAAGAGAUUUUGGAGCAAGAAGAACAGACAGAAGAGCCAACACCGAGAACAAAUAAAGGAAACUCAAGGGAUAAAGAAACUGUAGCUGUGAACCCCUAUGAGCCACCCAUACCGUUCCCACAGAGGUUGAAGAAGCAAAAGAUGGAACAGCAAUACAAGAAUUUUCUUGAAGAAGCUAAGAGAUCACGAGACAGUUAUGCUAACAGAGGAGUGCAGUGCCAGGAUUCAGAGAAAGCUCCAGCCAAAAUUGAAAGAUCCAGGGAGAAAUUAGGAUUGGGAGAAGUUAAAGCUACCACGGUGACCUUACAGCUGGCUGAUAGAUCAUUAACACAUCCACGAGAAAUAAUUGAAGAUGUAUUGGUUAAAGUGGAGAGGUUCAUAUUUCCAGCAGAUUUUCUAAUUCUGGAUAUGGAAGAAGAUAAAGAUGUUCCUUUAAUACUGGGCAGACCAUUCUACCCAUAG